CUGUCCAAGCCGAAGCCGAUCGAGGGUGCAGCGGGAAGAGAUCAUACGAACAGACGAACGGGGUCACAAGUACCAAGUAGCUGUGGUGUUUUCUGGGGCCCUGCAUCGCGGGGCCUCGCCGCCAACAUGGCUCUCCCGCGUGGCCGGACCACGUACAAGAAGAAGGAGGGCAUCCUCACUCUGACCGAUGACCGCAGCGCCCUGAUCUGGACGCCGAUGCCCGCCACGGGACCGCCCACUGUGUCCCUGGCUCUGGACAAUAUCAUGAACCUGCAGCAGACACCAGAUGGCGCACCAAAGGUCAUCCUGAAGGUCGUUGAAAAGCCGAGGCCGGGCGCGGGCGAAGGUGCCGCCCCGUCCCAGUUCCUCUUCCAUUUCACGUCACCAACCGACGCGCGAGCGGAGGCAAAUAGUAUCAGGGAUCUUCUGUCUCAGCUGCUGGCUGCUGCCCGCGAGAACGACCCCAACGUGCCGAAGCCCGCCGGCGCCGCGCAGAACGGGGCCAAUGGGGAGGACGGCGGGGGGGCUUCGGCAGCAAUGUCCUUUGCCAGCACCGUAAAUGCUAAGCCGGCGCCGCCAAAGUGGUUCGAUGACGACGCGCUCCAGGCAGACACGGAACUGCAGCAGUCUCUCCUCAAGAAGAACGAGGUGCUCGCCCAGACCUACAGGGACGCCCUCGCUCUGAAGCCCGAGUCCAUCUCAGAAGCUGCGUUCAAUGCCCGGUUCUGGUCCAGUCGUGUCGGCCUCUUGCGUGCCCAUGCCAUCGAGCUGAACCAGAAGAAGGGCGCCUACAACGUGCUCUCCACCAUCAAGCCGCGGACCGAGGACGGCCAGUUCAAGCUCAGCAUCACGUCGGAGCAGAUUUCCAUGAUCCUACAGCAGCACCCGCUCGUGAGACGCAUCUAUAACGAGAACGUUCCAAAACUGACGGAGACCGAGUUCUGGUCCCGCUUCUUCCUGAGCAAGCUGUCCAAGAAGCUGCGCGGCGAGCGCAUCACGGACAACGAUAACGCCGAUGCCAUUUUUGACAGGUAUCUCAACGCAGACAACACAUUUGGCUUUGCGAGCAAGAUCACGGCGGCGCAAAAGGUCCCCCACAUGAUCGACCUGGAGGCAAAUGAGGAGAACCAGGGCGGCUUCAAAGGCGGCAACCGCAAGGACGUGGAGAUGCGGCCCCGGGGCAACAUCCCCAUCAUCAAGACGCUCAACAGCCUGAGCGAGAAGAUCAUGGCCAACGUGGCGCCCUCCGAUCUGGACCCGUCCGCCCCGGACGGGCUGCUGGACGACACGCGCGCCUUCGAGCAGCUGACGCUGCGCGAUCUCCGCGGCGACACCGAGGCGGCUCGCAUCAUCCUCAACGUCAAGGAGCAGAACAAGUUCUUCUCCAACCAGGAAGCCCAGUCCGAGGAGGCCAAGGUCUACGAGAAGCAGGUACCGUCCGAGGUCCUCUUCGAGGUCCACGCCGACCUCGAGACGCUCGACGACGACGGCUCCGGCGGCAUCGACCUCCGCAAGGCCAUCGGCAUCGACGACGACAGCGACAGCGACCCGGACACCGAGAAGCCGGCGCACGUCGGCUCGCGGGCGGCGCGCAGGCAGGCGCAGAACCAGAUCCUCGACGGCAUGCGCAAGAAGCGGUCCGAGAUGCUCGGCGGCUUCGGCGCGGGCGGCGGCGCCGCCGCCGCCGACGAGGACGCGUCGCCGAUGGGCAUCCCGCCCGAGAUCGCGCAGCGCUGCGUGCUGACCAACGCCACCACGACCGAGUUCCUCAGGCAGUUCUGGAGCGCCUUCCUGUCGGGCGACCCCGCGCGCACCCGGGAGCUGGCCUACUACGCCGAGUCGCUGCGCCGGUCGACCGACCGCAUCGACGCGCUCGCCGCCGAGGCCGAGCAGAUCCGCCAGGUGGUCGUGGAGAGGCGCAAGCGCGAGAUCAAGGAGCACUACGAGCGGACCCGCAAGAAGCUCCGCUGGCAGCCGCCCAAGGGCGGCAAGGACUCGGUCCUGGCCCUGUUCGAGGCGACGCUGACGGCCAUCAACUCGGCCUUGGAACUGUACGUUUCGGCACUGGGCGAAGCGAAGGGGGCCAAGUAAAGGAAUUUGCGAGAAGACAACACUUUUCAUACUGGCACGGUUUUUUUUUUUUGAAGUGUUGCCGAUAAAUCAGCGAUACCAUCAACCCCAUAACUUUGGGGUGGGGAGAGCGGAUAGUAGGAAACGGGUUUGAAUACAGCAAGGAA